GUGUUUUUUUCUCUUUCCUUCUGUUGUGUGAAGGUCAAACUGCCAGUUUCCUCUUUUCCUCUUACGUCUCUCUAACAUCCUUUUUGUGGAUGUGACGUGGCGAUUUGUGAAAUUUCGUUGAAUUGGUGCAAACAAGCUCACAGCUGAGUAACACUCGCAGGCGUUUGACUUCAGCUUUCUCUUUCGGACGGAAACAUCAGUGGGUGAGCAGCAGCCAUGGUGCUCCUUCACCUACUUCUCCCCUUCCUCCACCUUCUCCUUCUAUCCAUCUUCCCACCAUGCACCUCUCCAUCACAAACAUAUGUCCGCGACCCUGUUUCUGUUGUGGCUGCGGCAGCUCCGAUCCUGCAGGAGCACCCCUUCGUUGUGGUGUGGAACAUGCCCACAGCUCAGUGUGGGAAACGCUACAACAUCCACCUGGACCUGAACGACUUCGACAUCGUGGAGAACAGACGGCAACGCUUCCAGGGACAGAAUAUGACCAUUUUCUACCGGGACCGCCUGGGGAAAUAUCCAUACCUCUCCAGAGACGGCAGGAAGGUCAACGGAGGAACACCUCAGCUUGGUGACCUCUCGGCUCACCUUUCCCUGGCAGUGACGCAAAUCUCCAGAUCACUGCAUCCCAAAUUCAACGGUUUAGCUGUCAUUGACUGGGAAGAGUGGCGGCCAUUGUGGGAGAGAAACUUUGGAAUCAAGAUGAAGUAUCGUCGGCUGUCCAAGCUGCUGGUGAAGCAGGAGAGACCUGACUUGUCUGAAAGAGCCAAGACGUCAUUGGCGAAGCUGAAGUUUGAGGAGAGCGCUCGGAGGUUUAUGGAGGAGACGCUGCAGGUGGCGGUCAGAGAUCGUCCUAAAGGACUCUGGGGGUUUUAUGGUUUUCCUCCCUGCUUCAAUAAGCAAAGCAGACAGACAGAUCAGAGCUACACAGGACGCUGUCACAGGGGGACCAAACAACAAAACGACCGUCUGUCCUGGCUCUGGCGUCAGUCCACCGCUCUCUAUCCCAGUGUUUACCUUCCAAAGAGGCUGGCGGGAUCUAGUGACGCAGCUCUGAUGGUCAGAUACAGACUAUUGGAGGCUUUGAGGGUGGCGUCAGUUUGGCAUCAUGACGAAAACACCAAUCAUGCCACACCAGUCCUUCCCUACGCCAGGCUCGCAUUCACACACACUCUCACCUUUCUGAAUAAGACAGACCUGGAGCACACACUGGGGGAAAGUGCAGCACUGGGAGCUGUUGGAGUUGUCCUGUGGGGAGAGCUGAAAUUUGCCAAGUCCAAGCAUCAGUGCAUCCUGCUCAGAGAAUACGUCCAAACUGUCUUGGGUCCCUUCAUCCAGGAGCUGAGGUCUGACACCCAGCGCUGCAGCCUCCAGCUUUGCCACGGCAACGGACGCUGUGCCAGGCGACGACCCAACUCAGGUCACAUGGUCUCUAUGACGUCAGACCCCAAUCAAGUCAAACACUUUAGGUGUCGGUGUUAUCCCGGCUGGACUGGACAGGAAUGUCAAGAGAAGAAGGACACGACUGGACAUAAUAACAAGUAACCUCAACACUUCUACAGAGAUGCACUCAGUGUGUUCUCAUGAUGGUAAACGAGGCGUCCAUACAUCACACUGCCUGACCUGUCAGCUCUUUGUUGCAUUUCAUCAACAAAUGAAAAUAGAAAAAUAAAAAUGUGAUCCGCAGUG